UGCCGCUGCCGCAUUUUGUUGACUCGAUGGUUGUCAUUUGGGAAGAAAUUAUAAAUUAUUCUAAGCGAAUUUUAAUAUUUCAAAAAAGAUAUUAGUGCUUUGAAACAAGAAUUAACAACCGUAGGGAGGGAGCUUAAAUCGUCGGCAAUGGUGAAUGUAAUGAAAGGAGUGCUCGUUGAAUGUGACCCGGCUAUGAAACAAUUUCUGCUGCAUCUGGAUGAAACGCAAUCUUUAGGACGCAAAUUUAUUAUUCAGGACCUCGACGAGCGCCAUCUGUUCAUUUCAACUGACAUCAUCGAUACUCUCCAAGCUCGGGUGGACGAUCUCAUGGACCGUAUCAGUGUCUCCCUACACGAAAAGGAAGCUUAA